GUGAAGGAUGUAAUGAAAGACAUUAUGGCUGACUUGCAGCAGACGAAUAGUGAAAAGAUCUUACUUAGCUGGGUGCGCCAAUCAACUCGCAAUUACCCACAGGUCAACGUUAUCAAUUUCACCAGCAGUUGGUCUGAUGGAUUGGCUUUUAAUGCACUCAUCCACAGUCACAGACCGGAUCUGUUUGAGUGGAACAGUGUUCUGAGCCAACAAUCUGCUGUUCAGCGGCUGGAUCAUGCAUUUAACACUGCCCAGCAGCACUUGGGAAUCGCAAAUCUCCUCGAUCCUGAUGAUAUUGCAACAGCUCAUCCUGACAAGAAGUCCAUUUUAAUGUAUGUUACAUCACUCUUCCAAGUCCUGCCACAAAAAGUCUCCAUUGAAUCCCUACGGGAAUUGGACACCUUACCUCGCCAAAUAGUUACUCCAGAAGAGCAUAUUAGACAUUUUGACCAGCGUCAUUUCUCUCAGCAAAUCACUGUCAAUGUAGCACAGGGACGUGUGCACACUCCUUCACCUCCUCCUAAACCUCGCUUCAAAAGCUAUGCCUACACGCAAGCUGCUUAUGUCAUGUACCCUGACCAAAAAGGGAGACAGUUCCCUCCACAGCAAGUACAAGGCGUGGGUGACCGGCCAUAUGGAAUGUUAGUGAUGGAACCAGAAGUGGAUCUAGAAAGUUACCAGUCAGCAUUGGAAGGAGUGCUCUCUUGGCUUCUUUCUGCAGAAGAUGCUUUACAGAACCAAGGAGCAAUUUCUGACAGUGUUGAAGAAGUCAAAGAACAGUUCCAUACUCAUGAGGACUUUAUGAUGGAAUUAACAUCUCACCAGGGAAAUGUUGGAGAAGUUUUGCAAGCUGGAAGUCAACUGUUAGUUGUUCGGAAACUUUCUGAUGAUGAAGAGAAUGAAAUUCAGGAACAGAUGAAUCUCCUCAAUUCCCGAUGGGAAAGUCUCAGGUUGGCAAGUAUGGACAGGCAAAGCAAUUUACAUAAAACUUUGAUGGACCUGCAAAAUCAGCAGCUGCAACAGUUAAGCGACUGGCUUUUACAAACAGAGAAUCGUAUUAGGAAAAUGGAAUUGGAAAUUUUGGGUCCUGACUUAGAAGAUAUAAAGCGUCAAAUAGAAGAACAUAAGGUUUUGCAGGAUGACUUGGAGCAAGAGCAAGUUAGAGUAAAUUCUCUCACUCAUAUGGUGGUAGUGGUGGAUGAAGCAAGUGGAGAUAGAGCUACAGCUGCCUUAGAAGAACAGUUACAGCACUUGGGAGACCGUUGGGCUGCCAUAUGCAGAUGGACAGAAGACAGAUGGAUUCUUUUACAGGAAAUUCUUCUGAAAUGGCAACAUUUUGCUGAGGAACAGUGCCGAUUUGAUGCCUGGCUUAUAGAAAAAGAGGAGAUGAUUAACACCAUUCAGAAUACAGAGUUGAUGGAUCAGAAUGAAACGCUUUCCAACUUAAGAAAAUUAGCGAUCUUGAAAGGAGAACUAGAAAUGAAAAAGAAGACAAUGGAUACAUUGUGCACACUAAGUCUGGAUCUGUUUUCCACAUUAAAAAAUAAGACGGUGUCACAGAAAAAUGAUGCCAGGCUGGAGAACUUUGCUCAGAGGUGGGAUGAUCUUGUGCAGAAACUGGAGAACAUUACCAAGAAGAUUUCACAGGCUGUCACCACCACUCAGACAUCACUAACACAGACAACUGUAAUGGAAACUGUAACUAUGGUGACCACCAGGGAGCAAAUUCUUGUUAAGCAUGGUAAGGACGAACUCCCGCCGCCUCCACCUCAGAAGAAAAGACAGAUCCUUGUGGAAUCAGAACUUAGGAAGAGAUUUGAUGUAGAUUUAACAGAACUGCAUAGUUGGAUGACCCGCUCUGAAGCUGUUCUGCAAAGCCCUGAAUUUGCAAUACUUCGGAAGGAAGGAAACCUCUCAGACCUCACAAAGAAAGUUAAAGCCAUAGACAGAGAGAAGCCAGAGAAGAACAGAAAGCUUCAAGAGGCCAACAGGAAUGUCCAGGCACUUACUGAACAGAUGCUGAAUGAUGGCCUUAAUGCAGACAACAUCAAACAAUCAUCUCAACAUUUGAACAGCCGGUGGACAGACUUCUGUCAGUUACUGAGUGAGAGACUUUCUUGGCUGGAAUAUCAAAAUAGCAUCAUUGCCUUUUACUCCCAGUUACAACAAUUGGAACAGACAGCAAUUACAGCUGAAAACUGGCUAAAAGCACAAAGUAUAACAGCCUCCGAGGCAGAAGCAGUCAAAACACAGUUACAAAAAUGCAAGGAUGAAGUUGCCCGUUUGUUAGCUAUCAAGCCUGAAAUUGGAUCCUUGCAAGUCCAGGGAACAAAAUUAAAAGAAACGGAGCAAGGCCCAAUGUUUUUGGAUGCAGAUGUAGCAGCUUUUCUCAACCACUAUAAUCAAGUUCUUUUCAACUUGCAAUCUAGAGAAAAACAGCUUCAGAAUAUUUUAGGUAGUUUACCUCCAAUACAAUACAAGGAGAAAAUGAGCACUAUCCUUCUAUGGAUCCAGCAGUCUGAAACCAAACUUGCUAUACCUCAGGUCACUGUUACUGAAUGUGAAAUCAUGGAACAAAGACUCAGGGAGCUAAAGGCCUUACAAAGUUCCCUGCAGGAGCAUCAGGCUGAUAUGAAUUAUCUCAGCAAAACUGCAGAGGAAUUAUCAAGCAAAGCACCUGCUGAUUUGAAACAAAAAUACUGGGCAGAAAUUGAUCAAGCCCAGGGCCGUUGGAAGUCAUUAUCAAAUCAGCUAGCAGGACAAUGCCAAAAAUCAGAAGAGUUACUAAAUAAACAUAGACAGUUCCAGAAUGAUAUGAAAACAUUAAACAAAUGGAUGGCUGAAGUAAAUGUUUUCCUUAAUGAAGAAUGGCCAGCCCUUGGGGAUUCAGAAGCACUUGAAAAACAACUAGAACAAUGUAGCGCAUUAAUAAAUGAUAUCCAGACAAUACAGCCCAGUGUAAGCAGCGUGAAUGAUGUUGGAGAGAAUUUGAUUAGCAAAGCUGAACCAAAUUAUUUGCCCAAGAUGAAAGCUGAACUUAAAAAUCUCAAUGACCAGUGGGAUCACAUAUGCAAACAGGCCCAUACGAAAAAAGCAGCAUUGAAAGGUGGCUUAGAGAAAACUGUAAGUCUCCGGAAGGAUCUGUCUGAAAUGCAAGAAUGGAUAACGCAAGCUGAAGAGGAAUAUUCUGAGAGGGACUUUGAGUACAAAACGCCGGAGGAACUUCAAAAGGCAUUGGAAGAACUAAAGAGGGCAAGAGAAGAAGCUGCACAGAAGAAGGAUAAAGUUAAGCUUUUAACAGACUCUGUGAGCAAUUUCAUUGCAACAGCACCACCUAAUGCCCAUGAACCUUUAAAGAAAGAGUUGAGCGUUCUAGUUAACAACUAUGAACGGCUUUGCAGCAGGCUGAAUGGAAAGUGUGAAACUCUAGAGGAGGUAUGGAAGUGUUGGCAAGAACUAUUAUCUUAUUUAGAAGCUGAAAACAAGUGGAUUGAUGAAGUUGGGGAAAAGUUAAAGGCAACAGAGGGUGUGAAGGGAUCACCCGAGGAAAUCUCAAAGACCUUAAAGUCUAUAGAAAAGAUUAUGAAACACCCUGAAGACAAUCGCAAUCAAAUUAAAGAACUUGCACAAACAUUGACAGAUGGAGGUGUGAUGGAUGAAUUGAUCAAUGAAAAACUAGAGAUGUUCAAUACACGUUGGGAUGAAGUACAGCAGGAGGCUGUAAGGAGGCAAAAGGUUCUUGAACAAAGUAUUCAGUCUGCCCAAGAGACUGACAAAGCUAUUCGCCUUAUUCAGGAAUCCCUUGGCACCAUAGACAGACAACUGACGGCCUAUAUUUCUGACAGAAUUGAUGCAGGCCAAGUUCCCCAAGAAGCACAGAAAAUACAGUCAGAGUUAUUAAGCCAUGAGAUUAGUUUGGAUGAAAUGAAAAAACGAAUCCAGGGAAAAGAAAUGUCUAAAAAAGUUAUUUUGCAGAUUGAAAUUGCUCAGAAAAAGUUACAAGAAGUUUCCACCAAGUUUAGAUUAUUUCAAAAACCAGCAAAUUUUGAGCAGCGUCUUAUAGAAUCUAAAAGAAUUUUGGAUGAAGUGUACUUCGAAUUACCAGUUCUGGAUAUGAAUAGUGUGGAGCAGGAUGCUGUCCAAACUCAACUUGAUCACUGUAUGAAACUGUACAAAAUUUUAAGUGAAGUUAAAUCAGAAGUGGAAACAGUAAUAAAGACUGGACGUCAAAUAGUUCAAAAACAGCAAACUGAGAAUCCAAAAGAUCUGGAUGAGAGGCUGACUUCAUUAAAACUACAGUACAAUGAGCUAGGAGCUAAGGUGACUGAGGCGAAGCAGGUCUUGGAAAAAUGCCUAAAACUAUCGAGGAAGCUAAGAAAAGAGACAACCAGCUUGACUGAAUGGUUAGCAAUGAUAGACACAGAAGUUACAAGGAGAUCCUCUGAGGAGGGAAUGCCAAGUAACUUAGAGGAAGAAAUUGCCUGGAGCAAGACAAUACAAAAAGAGAUGGAAAAACGACAACAGCAAUUAAAGAACAUCCGAGACUUAGGGGAUUCACUCAAGGCAGUGAUUGGUGAAAGCGGCAAUCUGGUUGAUGAUAAACUUAGUCUACUGAAUAGCAAUUGGCUGGCUGUAACAUCAAGAGUUGAGGAAUGGUUCCGCCUUUUAUUGGAAUAUCAAAAGCAAAUGGAGUCCUUUGAUCAAGGCAUUGCUAGCACUACAGCUUGGAUGUACCGUGCUGAAAUAUUGCUAGAUGAUAUGGACAAACAGAAACCACAGCAGAGUGAAGAGACCCUGAAGCUACUGAAGUCUGAGCUGAAUGAUAUUCAGCCGAAGGUGGAUUUAAUACAUGACCAAGCUGCAGAGCUAAUGACAAACCGUGGUGAUAAAUGCAAGAAGAUAGCAGAAAUCAAGUUGUCUGAACUCGAUCAACGAUUUACUCCAAUAUCACAAAGAAUUAAAACAGAAAAGCCCAUGGUUUCUUCCAAAGAGCUGGAACAGUUUCAUUUUGAUAUGCAGAAAUUGCUUGAACCACUGGAGGCUGAAAUUCAACUUGGAGUGAAUCUCACUGAAGAAGACUUCAAUAAAGAUAUGAGUGAAGACGAUGAUAGCCAAGUGAAAGAACUGCUGCAAAGAGGGAACAACCUUCAGCUAAAAAUUUCAGAUGACAAAAAGAGGGAUGAAAUCAAGAUAAAACAACAGCUAUUGAAGGCUAAACAUAACACUCUCAAGGAUUUGCGAUCACAAAGAAGGAAAAAGGCUUUGGAGAUUUCCCAUCAGUGGUAUCAAUACAAAAGACAAUCUGAUGAUUUACUGAAAUGUUUGGAUGAUAUUGAGAAGAAAAUCGCUAGUCUUCCAGAACCCAAAGAUGAGCAGAAGCUGAAGGAGAUUGAUGGAGAAUUGGAGAAGAAGAAAGAAGAACUGAACGCAGUAAACAGACAAGCUGAACGUUUGUCUAAGGAUGGGGCUGCCAAAGCAGUGGAGCCAACACUGAUCCAUCUUAACAAACGCUGGCGAGAAAUUGAGAGCAAAUUUGCUCCUUUCCGAAGACUGCACUAUGCACAAAUUCAAACUGUUCAUGAAGAAAGCACUCGUUCAAUGAUUGAGGGAAUGAAAGUGGAUGCCUCUUAUGUGCCUUCUACAUACCUGGCAGAGAUUGCACGCUUCCUGCAGUCUAUUGCUGAGGUUGAUCUUCUACUCAACUCUUCAUGUUUCAAUAAAAAAGACUGUGAAGACCUUGCCAAACAAGAUGAGUGUCUCCAGAACUCCAAAGAAAUCCUUGGAAGAAUGUCAACUCAAUAUGCGAUCAUUAAGAGCAAAAAGAGCCCAGUUCUCCAGUCUGCUACCCUGAAGGAGAGUGAGAAGGUUCACGAAAAAAUAGCUGAGCUUUCAUUCAACUGGGACAAUGUCAACAAGCUAUACAAAGAACGGCAAGAGAGGUUUGACAGAUCGCUGGAGAAGUGGAUGAAACUGCAGGAUGACAUGAAUAACCUCAACCAGUGGCUAACUGAAGCAGAGACAAUUCUUUCUGAGUCCCAAGGUGAUCCAAGAGAUACAGAGAAACUGAGACAACAGCAACAGAGGGUAAAGGCACUUGAAGAUGGCAUAGAGCAGCAGCAAGCUACUGUUAGAGCACUGAAUGUAUGUGGAGGAGAGGUUGCUGAGCAGUCCUCAACUGCUGACGCGUCUCGUAUUAAGGAGAAUUUAGAUGCACUAAAUUCUCGCUGGUGUAUAAUCUACAGGAAGCUUAAUGAAAGAAGACGAAGGUGGGCCCUUAACCAAGAGGACACUGGAUACUGA